CGCUUAUCGGUGCUAUCACUAUCGUCUCCUUAUCUUACGGACAGCGGAUUACAACCAAAAUAAACGGCCGCUUCGACGACACUAUAACGAAAACUGAAUGCAAUAGUUUCAUAUUAUUUAAAUUAUUAAUUCGUUUUAAUUAUAACCGCGAGGUGCGAUGUUCGCCUCUAAAUUGCAGACUCAAAACGAGAACAAAGUAAACUUUAAAAUGAAAACUCAUGCGGAACUACAGGAAUUGUACGAAAGGCAACGCAAGAUCCUCAGUAACGGACCAUUUGUCGAGGGAUUGCCCGACAAAGGCGAGAAACUAAAGCAGUUCAUUGCUCAGCUGGACAUAGAACUAAACAAACGCAACAUUCAAAAGAAGCUGUGUACAGAUAUGUUGGCGUUGAACAUUGGCAAUGAUCAGUUGGAUACUCUUGAAUGGACCGGUCAACAUGUUACGGUACUUAAGGUUAAUCAGCCAGAUUCCAUAGUCGACGAUGAAGAUGUAUUGAGAAUGUUUGGUUCACAUUCUGGAGUUAAUAAACACAAAAUAAUCAUUGAAGAGAUACCAGAAAAAACAUUGAUCAAACCAUCAGAUUUAAUUGAGAAAGAUUUGAUUGAAGAAAAAAAGCAAGAUUACGAUUCCAUAGGAUUCUCAGAAAAUAUGGAACGUUAUGCUAAAAAUUUAUGUGGUCGUAUCGACACUCACUUGCCAACAGAAAAAAGGCAUUUUUUAUUAAAUAAGCCGGCUGUACCAAACAAACAUAGUGUAGUUAAAUCAGGGGAUGUAAGCCUCAAGGAAUCUGUGAUGUUACAAGUUGCUUACGACAGUAAAAUUAAGGAUUUAAAAGCUGAACAUUUGAAAAAAAAACCAAUUCCAAAGUUUGAUACAAGUAAUUAUCGUAAUACAAGUAUGCUCAACUUUGAUAACAUUCUAGAAGACGAGAGUGAUGAAGAUAAUGACAUAUUUGGUAAUGACAGUGAUGCAUAAUUUAAGAUUUUGUUUUGUAGUUUUUAGUUCCCUUGUAAAUAAAUAAAAUGUAAAAAUUUGUAAUAAUUAAAAUAUUGGUUAGGUUAGAUAUGGGUUUU